AUGAGUGACAUAGCUUUCGUGUGCGGCUUCUUAGUGGCUUUAAAAUUAUGUUUUCUUCGUUGUUAUGUCUCCACCGACUUUGAGGUAAGUGAUCUCACUGUGUAUAACAUAAUUUCUCCUGCAGAGAAACGUGGAUAAUUUCAGGUGCACAGAAAUUGGUUGGCGAUCACAUAUAACCUUCCACUUUCCAAAUGGUACUUUGAGGAUACUUCGAUAUGGACUCUGGACUAUCCGCCGUUCUUUGCCUACUUCGAAUUGUUCCUUUCUUAUUUAGCUUCUCUGUUUGAUAAGGAUAUUUUAAUAAUUCAAAAGGAUGCUUUGUUGACUCCAAACGUAUUACUCUUCCAGCGAUUGUCAGUUAUUUUUUCGGACAUUGUCUUUGUAGGUUUUCUCCUUUUUAAUCAGGUUUUUAGUACAUUGGGUGUUAUUCAUGUGCCAACGCCGUUGUUUCUUCGCUCAAUAUUGGGGCCAAGAAGAGCGUUACACUCCGAAAUUGUUUGUUUAUCCUGUUGGCUUUGAAUCCGGCGCUGAUCCUUCUGGACAAUGUCCAUUUUCAAUAUAAUUCCAUGUUAUUUGGCAUUUUUCUGCUGGGUAUCAGAUAUUUUUUGAAGGAAGAUUACGUCAAAGUGAGUUUAACUAAUUUUCACGUCCGGACAAUCGGGUCCUGCACAGCUGGGGUCCUGGACAGUCGGGGCCCGGUAAAGUUUUAGCAAUUGUGUAAGCGUAGUAUUAUCCUACACUACGCGAAGAUUCGAAUGAGACACUGUGGGGAAACGUCUUAUGUUUAUACACUUGGUUAAGGUGUUUUGUCUAAGAUUUUCGAAGCUUCCGUCUUCAAUGUAAAAUCCUUAAACUUAAACUGUAUUUAAAAAUUCGAAGUCAUCCGUUUUUAGAAUGCAAAAGAAUUUUUUCUCAGGUCGGCGGAGAGACCAAUUUUCGGCGAUGAGAUUUUGCGUAUUUUGAGAAAAUUACAUUACAAAGCCCAGGCGUGUUUACUUUACAAUGAUCAAAAUUUGGUUUAUCACAUCCGCUCGGACGUUGUCUGUUACUCUCGGCAGCCUGCCGGAUGUUUCACACAUCGGCGAAGGCUGGGCAGUUGGGUUGUCAAGUCGUCAACUUGACGUGUCAGUUUACUAAAAAGUCGUAGGAAUGUAGAAUUUUAGGAACAAAAGGCUGUAAUGGGACGCGAUUGUCCGUUUGUCCUGAUUUUUAAUAUCACUUACGCUUUACAGGCAGCUCUCGUAUUCUCCAUCUUGCUCAACUGUAAACACAUAUUUCUUUAUUAUGUCUUUGCUUUUGUCCUGGGAUUUGCAUUCUGGUUUUUAUUACCAGUUAAUCGAAAGAUAAUGAUAAGAGUUGUCAGCCUGGGAGCGGCCGUUGUUCUGCCAGUUGCCGUAUCGUUUGGUCCUUUUUUAUUUUCUGGUGGUCUGGCCCAAUUUCAUCAAAUACUGAGCCGGUUAUUUCCUUUUAAACGAGGCCUUACCCAUUCUUAUUGGGCUCCGAACUUCUGGGCCUUGUAUAAUACUCUCGAUUUUAUGUUGUUCAAGUUAAAGGGCCAAUCUGGUGUGAUUCCUCCGACUUACACAAAUGGACUGGUGCAGGUAAGUCAAGAAAACUACGAACCUCGACGAUGAACAAUGUUUAGACAUACGAUCAUUCUGUUCUCCCAAAUAUUGCGGUAGAAUGCACGUUGGCCUUGGUGGCUAUAUUUUCAAUUGUCUUAUUCUUUGUCAGAGGGAAAAGUCGAGGGGAAUCGUUCUUGGCCAUGUUGAUAAUGAGUGCAUUUUCUUUCUUCUUAUUCUCUUGGCAUGUGCACGAGAAGGCCGCUGUUCUUAUCCAAAUCCCGAUUACAAUAUUGGCCUUUGUGGUAAGUAAUGUUUUUUUAUUUCUUUAUGAGGAUGUUCCAUAAGUUUUGCAAAUUUUUGGGGGUGAGGUGAUGCGAGAAAAGUCCUAGGGUUUUUUUUCGCUCAGUGUGGGUAACAGGUGGACUUUAUGUGUAGUGAUAUACGGUUUAGAAGCCUAUAUCUGGGCUUUAAAUCCAUAUAUCCAGCAUACUCCGUUUCAAAGUUAGCAGGAAUUCACACAAAUUGACGACCCAAAAAUUUUCAAGACUUGUGGGACACCCUAAUAUUAAUGUUUUCAGUUACGUUUUUUAUUUUAGAAUCCUUGUUAUGCCAGUAUAUGCUUAUUUUGCACUCAAGCGUCGAUCGUCGGGCUUUUUCCGCUGUUUUUUGAUAAACCGAUUGAAAAUCUGAUCAAAUAUGGACUCUAUAUCGGAUACGUCUUCGUAUUCAAGACCAUAUUCUCCUUGGCUUUUAAUCUCCGAGAUGUUUUUGAUGUGAAGAACAAGGUUUUCUUUUUAGUCACAGCUUUAUUAGAAUUCUACAAAGGGUUUCUGCACAAAGUGGGUUUUUAUUUCUUCAAUGUGCGGCUCGGAUAACUGUAGGUAAUGCUAUUUAUUUAGUCGUUUCUUGGAAACCGGGCCGAUUUCCUUCCAUUAAUGUCAACAUCCCUAAUAUGUUCUUCUGUCCUGAUCUACGUUUAUUUGUAUUUGUUAAUGCACUUCACAAGACUCAAUGUGAUCUUUGCCAAGAUUUGUUUGAGAUUCAGAGAAGUAUAUUAUAAGAAAUACUCAAGUAGUUGUGUACCAAAACCUGUUACUCUUAUCGGGGCUUUGGAUAUGACCCAGAAUGUUAACAUCCCUGCCCUCUCCACUGUCAGUUAUUGCAUAUUUACAUAUCCGGAUUUAAAGGUAAUCACUCACCCUUUUAUAUGACCUUAUUGUAGUUACACGCACAUGAAGAGAAAACUGUAAUUGUUAAAUACGAUUACAUAACCAAUUACUUGGCUUUGAGGGAAUGCAAUCCACUUGUUGAUAUUGUCAACCAAGUGAAGGAGAGACCUCAUGUCCUAUUCAUUGACGGGAAUGCCAGACUUCAUGCCCGAGGUAAUGCUUUGUCUUACAUAAUUUAUAUUAAUUUUGUUUUUCAAGAUUUUGGUUUGGGUUGUCAUGUUGAAAGUUUAACCGGAAUUCCGACCGUUGGAAUAGCCAAGAAGUUGUCGGCAUCGUUCGGAAGACUCUGUGAUGACUCUCAAUAUUUCCAGGAGGUGUGUCUCUGUGAAAAGGUUUGUAUUUUAGUGGCUCAAAUCACGUGAUUGGUCGAAGAGCAGAAUCCUGGAAGUAGUCAAGGACAAAGUCAGGAUCUUCAGGGUCAUCAAACUCCACUCCAACUUGUAUUUUAUAUCUGCUGGAUUGAAAACGGAGCUUGGAUGGGCUUCUGAAGUCUCGUGUCGUGGAAUGUCUGGAGGAAAUUUUCAACCCCUGAGAGUUGUAAGUAUUUUUUAUUAGUAAAGUGGUAAUAGAGAACUCAAGAAUACAAACAGAAUACUUACUAAUUGUUUCUUUCUGCUACAGUCUUGUUUCGACGGUAGAUGAGAGUUCAUUCGUUGAGAGGCUCUUCUCUUCCUUAAGAUCACCUUAUGAACCAUCUAAGGAGACCGUCACUCACCUCCUUCCUCACUUUUCUUACCUUCUGCUUUUCAGAGCGACCUUUGUUCCCGCCAUCUAAAUCAAGAUAUGUUCACAGACGCUUCACUCCGUCUUUGA